CCUCACCUUUUCCCCACACAUGCACCAGUUAGAGCGAAUUGUUUGUUUAAGAAGCUGAAAGAAGACUGGGUCGAGGAAGCAGCAGUGCAUUGCGGUAUUUUUUUUGUUUUAAGUGAGGCAUUUUUUAUUGUCCAGUCAUGAGUUCAGACACUCAGAAAGUCACUGUGUUUUUCGUUGUUACUUUUCUUCUUUUCGUCAAUACAUGGCUGCUGUUCCAAAUUGCUUUAGGAUAGAAACCCUUAAAGAAGCUGGAUACCUUUUUCACUUUUGAGGAUGUAAAUGAGUGACUUUUGUUUUGUCAGAUCCUGCAGCGUGAUUAUCUUUGCACUACUGUGAUGGACUUUCUCUAAGGGUAUAAUAACAGGCCAAGUGCAGUGACUCAACAGUGAAAGUCUCUUUUUGGCUGACAAAGGAGUUGCAAUCAAGUUCUUAUAAUCACACUUCUUCCAGAGAACUACUGAAUGUUAAAUUGGUAUUUUAUUUUUUAAAAUCGUUGAUGAUUGUAGAGAUUACGCUUUUAUUUUGAAAGAUUCUGUCCUUUUUUUCCAGAAUUUGUUUUGUAAACGCAAUUUGCAACGGUUAUGAAUGUUUAUAUUUAGCUUUUAAGCACCUUGAUAGUUAAUAAAAUAUUUCAAAUGUUAUUUUAAUAAUUACCGCUAAUGGUAAAGAAAAAGAAGCUAGCUCUGGAAGCGGCAAAUUCUACAAGAUAACUGCAAUUUUGGAGCAAAUGCAUUUACGGUACAAGUGACGCUUACACCGAAGCUGGAUGUUGGUUAAAACGGUUUUGGUAAACUAAAAAGCCGGUUAGACCGACGAAAGUGCCCGACAUGACCGGAGGAGGAUAAACGGUCAACGGUACACAGCAGGUGCCCGCACUUGCGUCGUCUCCGUAGGCUCAGCUGGUCGGUGUUAACGGUAAUCUGGCUAACAGAGACGGAGGCAGCAGCGAGCCGGUUGAAGCUAUGGCUAAGUCUGCUGGCUGUUGUUGGUCAUUUGGUGUUUUACAUUAGCAACGUUAGCCCGGUCCUGCUCUGCCUUUAACGUUCGGCUGUUUUAAUCGGAGACGGUGCGCGACCUUGGGGGGACGGUGUCAUGGAUCUGACGCGGUUGGCGGUGGAUGCUGGUCAGUUCAUUAACCGGGCGGUUCAGUACACCGGAGAGAGUCUUGGUCAAGCCGAGAAGACUGAGUUGGACCACGGGUUGGAGGAGCUCAUAACCCGGGCAGACGCCACCAAGACCUGGACGGACCAGAUAAUCUCCCAGACGGAGGUUUUACUGCAGCCGAGCCCUGGAGCACGGCUGGAGGAUCGGCUGUAUGCCCAGCUGGAGUGGAGUGUCCCACCUCGCCCACGACCACAUGAGUUAUUGGGAGAUGAAAUGAUCCAGGCCGGGAUGGAAAUUGGAUCUAACACACCCUAUGGAAGUGCCCUGAUGAGAUGUGGAGAAGCUCAGAAGCAGCUCGGCGAUGCAGAGAAGCAGUUUGUGCAAAGCACUAACAUUCACUUUCUCACUCCUCUACGAAGUUUCACAGAGGGAGAAUACAGAGCCAUACAGGAUGAGCGUAAGAUGCUGGUGAAUAAGCGUUUGGACUUGGACAUAGCUAAGACUAGGCUGAGGAAAGCCCACGAGGCCGACCGAGAAGCCAGAAACCUGAAUGCAAACCCACUGGAUGACGACUACUUGUCUCAUGUCUCCUACAUGUUCAGCUUCCUGCGUGUUAAAUGGCUAAAGAUAUGGGCUCAGGAAAUUUCUCAGGCAGAGAUGGAGCUGAGGAUCUGUCAGAGUCUUUUCGAUCGACAGUCAGAAAUUACAAGACGGGUUCUGGAAGGAAUCAGCAACACUCAUACCAACCAUAUGCGCUGCCUCUCUGAUUUUGUGGACGCUCAGGCCUGUUACUUUGCUCAGUGCAACCAACAUGCUCAGGAGCUUCAAAAACAGCUAGCCAGCAUUCCAGCAGUCCUCUGCUCCAAUAACUGGCAGUCAGCAAUUAAUAAUGCAGCUAAUGAGCCAUCAACGAGCAACCAUGUUGCUAAUGAGCCCGUCGAGUUGAAUCAGGUCACUCCGAUGCCUGUACGCGUGCAUCAACUUCCUGACUUUGACCAGGACUCAUGGACUGUAAAUUCACCGCCCAAAACUGAAAAGAACACAAGGGAUCCCUCUUUAACCGCACUGCCAACUGACCCGCUGAAUAACAACAAUAACAACAACAACAACACCUUCUCCACCGAUGGCCAAACAGCCAGGCACUCCUCCGAGAUCAACAGCCUUGACCUUCUCUGUACAUUGAACCAGACGCCUCAGCUCCAACCACCCAGCAGGACGAUCAACACAUUGACCGACGCUGCUCCAGCUUCUUCUCAAACCGUGACAUUCAGUGCUUCAGCAAUCAACGGGGCAGAUAGUGUGACAACAGCAGCAGCUUCGCCACCUUCACAACCUUCUCAGACAGCAAAUGCAGUAACAGCUGAGAGCGUGACAGCCAAUGAAAAGGCUGCUGAUCCCCAAACAACCCAUGGAACUGGCGAGCAGCCCAUUGCCAAUGAAGAAGAUGUCCAGGAGUCGAGUAUCUACGCUGAUGUCUAAGCAUCUGAGCUGGCACUGACUUUGACUGCAGCUUUAGUGGUAAUUAUGAUGUCGGUGUUGCUAACCCAAGAAAACAGACUGUACUAGGAAGCUGCAUCAUCAUAAUAACAUGUUACGGUAAAACAGUUUAAUUAAUCCCGUAGGAAAGAUGAUUUGAAGUGGUUGUAAAAGUGCUUAUUUUUCUAACCGUGUUAUAGUGCCACAAUCAUUUUAGCCUUUAGUGAUAUUCAUAUAUUAUUCAUGUUGUAAGAUAAUGAUGACUGUUGAGUAUCAGUCUUCACUUGUGGUAGUAGAUGUAAGAUCUGCUCUGUGUGUAAUAUUUCCUGGCUUCAGGCUGGAAGACAAGGCUGACUGACUGUUAUUUUAUUUGCAAUGUGAAGCUGUUUUCAGUCGGUAUCUGUGAAACACUAACAAAAUCUUUAUUUUUACAUUUAGCUAAAAGAGCGAGCUAAUCAAACUUUGUGCCAAGUCUGUGUGUGCAUAUCUGCGGUAUACACGAAUUUAUGUGCGAGUAUCCCAGAGUGUGUCUGUCAGUGACCCAUGUGUGCUUGUGUUUGCAGCUAACCCCAAACCUGUGACACCUUUAAAAAGAAGUGAAAGUGCAUGUUGUGACUCUGCCACCUCUUGACUCAUGUUUCUAUAAGGUGAGGUCAUUUUCCAUACUAAACACUGGGUCACUUCACUCUAUGUGUGUGUGUGUGUGUGUGUGUCUGUGAGCCCAGGGAAGUGACAGUGGAAGGUUGAACAGGACCUUUAUGCUUCCUUGUACGCACUCUGGGUGUUUCCCCAUGCACAUGCUCAUAUUCACGUACUCGUUUUCUUUUUACCAUUUUACCCCCUUAAAGCCCCUAUUAGGUGAAAUGGGUAGAAAUUUCCACGUCCAGAUGUUGUUAAUUUUCUUCACGAGGGCAGCCCUGCGCCGAUCCGCUGUGAUGUGGGUGCACUCAGGGGACCCAAGAUGGAAACACACACAUUAAUGUAGCAUACUGUAAUGUAAUGACCAACCAGCUCUAUAUGUUUAUGUCCCAAAGGUGUGUUUGGGUAGCUGCAAGUUUUCACAUUGUAACCGCUGCCACUUUUCAACUACAUGCGGUCAUGAUUCAGUCACGUGUUGUUGAGCUGAUGUCAGUGCAAUGUUGGAGUUUUCACUCGAUUCAUGUGAAGAUGUGGAAAUAAAUAUGCAAACAGUGAUGUCAUGCCAAUCCAAAA